UGGGAGACUGUGAGGGACAAACAGUCCUUUUGGAACUGGGACCCUGAGGAAAAAAUGUGUGGCACCUCUUAGGAUGUAAUUGAGGUUGGAGCUGCGAUGUCUCCUGAAAAUGACUGCGUUGCGUUGAAGCCAUAGCUAGGAAGAAUUCAACUUCAUCAAGGUGUCCUUACAGAGGCCAGGUAGGGGAGGCUUGUGCCAGGCAGACUGACGGCUUAUCCGACAGCUAGUUCGGUGCACAUUGGGAGAAGCAGAUCUCUUUGGGGGUUUGAGAGACACGAUGGAAUGGCUAGCACCCAAUAGUGGUCUGUGCUUAGCAUUACGUCUGGGUAGGAUGCUUCAUAGUGCCUCCGUCUGCUUCUUUUUCAAGUCAAGCGAUGCCUGAAUAGCAUUGAUUGACUGACCAAACAGGCCACCAGGAGCAAGGGGAUAAAUCUUCUCCAGUUGUGACGAAGAACAGCCCCGACUUGGUCCAGGAACUGCGUGUAACCGAGCACCAAGGCUGCUUAUUCCAGGACGAUGUUUUUCGACAAACUUCACAUGCCCAUUUGAGAGUGGAGCGUCUGAGCUAGCAACAAAUGCAUCAGCCGGCGCCUCUUAGAGUAUGGAUAAUUCCCAGGCAAACCGGGCAGGCAUUGUGGCAGUCCUUCUCAUGGAGAGAAAAAACGCAUUCCUGAGGACAGGGUCGAAGGCCUGGUUUUGUUGCAGUCGAUGUAGGCAGCGAGCUUGUGCAAGCCAACUGUCAGCCGGGCUAAACAGUAGCUAGAUGGAGACAUGCCACACUUUAAACUUGUUGCAAAUAACUCAAAAACAGCACCCCACACUUUCCCUGUGCUGACUAAUGUCUAGCCUACUUGUUUAGUUCUGUAACCUGGGCUACGUUCAGCUCUGACAAAAGAACGUAGCAAAACAUUGAUUUAAAUGGAAAUGGUGGUGCUUUGAACACCCUGUUUUUACGUUCUUUUCGAAUAAUCUUCAGAGCCUAAUGAAAUCGGUUUGAAACGAGUUUUUCAACUUUUUAUUCUUAUCUUGCAAUUGUAAAGGUCUCCAUCAUUGUGUGCACCGCCUUUCUGAUACAGGGGAGUUGGGUAACACUUCUGACACACCCGACAAACGAGAGAAAACGUACCCCAAAGGCCGUUGCACACCAUUUCACAGCGCUCUGAGGAAACCUGGAGCAAAACAGUGCCUCAGAUGAUCCACCCAGUUACCUGUCUUCCACUCUCUGGGUGUGACCAGUGUGGAAUCGCUAUAUAUAUCCAUCAGCUACGGACCUGCUGCAGCAGACGAAGGCAAACCUCCUGGAUUGGUGUUACGUACUUGUUUACCCGUCUUUACCAAGAUCAACAUGAGUGAAGAAGAACUGAAGCCUGAGGUGGCUGUAGAGGAAGAGGAAUCUGGAUCUGAAUCAGGGGAGUCUGAUGGAGAACCCAAUGGAAAGAGGAAGGGGAAAAAUAAGGGGAAGAAAGGAGGGAAGGGUAAAGGAGGAGAGCACGGGCAUGGCCAUGGUCCUGGAGAAGAGCAUGGCAGAGGAAGAGGGGACGGAGGAAGAGGAGGUGGUGGCGGUGGAAGAGGAGGUGGCGGUGGAAGAGGAGGUCGUGGAGGACAUGACUAAAGUCCUGUUUGUCACCUGCACUUUCACUGCUGUAAGAACCAGCUCCAGGCUGUUAAUGAAUGCUUGAUGUGUCAAUAAUUAAUAAAAGUUUAUUACAAUGGAG